CAAAAGUUUAACAUGCCACAUGCCAUGGUUAAAAUAGGGUGUUAGCAAACGUAGAAAGUCUCCGAAGAUGAAACUUGAGCAUCAUGUUUACCAAAUACUCCCAUAAAUAAUGGCACAAAAGAAAGAGUGAACAUUUUCAACUCUCUCUCUUUCUCUCUCUCUGUUCUUCUUCUCUCACUCACUCACUCAUGCCUCACAUUUCUCAUCUUUCUCUCUCUCACUUUCACCCUGAAAUACAGGACUCAUUUUAAUGACUACCCACCAUUUUUGAACCUCUUUUUCUCUCACUCUUCUUCUUCACACUCCCUUUUCUCUUCAUUGCUUCUGUCAUCCUUUCCAAAUCUUCCAAACUAUAAAACCUCUCUUUACCUUAAUCUCUUAUAUUUCUCAUAUCACAGUUUCUCAGAUCUGUUCUCACUCUUUCUACAUUUCCUCAUCUUAGUUACAACCCUUUUGUAAAACAUGAGUAAAGAAGAGAUUUUGAAGAUACAGAAAUGUGUUCUCAAAGUGAACAUACACUGUGACGGUUGCAAGCAGAAAGUUAAGAAAAUCUUGCAGAAGAUUGAUGGGGUUUUUACUACUGAGAUAGAUGCUGAGCAAGGGAAGGUGACCGUUUCUGGGAAUGUGGACCCAAAAAUUCUCAUCAAGAAGCUUACAAAAUCAGGGAAACAUGCAGAGCUUUGGGGUGCUCCAAAGGCAAACAACAAUAACCAGAACAAUAACAUUGCGAAUCAGAUGAAGAACAUGCAAGUUGACAAUGGAAAAGGUGGAGGAAACAACAAUAACGGUAACAAGGGUCCAAAGGGUGCUGGAAAUAACCAAAAUCCACCAAAGGGUGGUGGUGGCGGCGGAGGUGGUGGUGGGCAAGGACAGAAUCCUCAACUACAACAACUUCAGCAGCAACAACAACAGCAGCAACAGCUUCAGCAACAGUUGCAGCAUCUGCAACAACUUCAGCAGAUGAAGGGGUUUCAAGAUCUGAAAAUGCCUCAAUUCAAGGACAUGAAUAUGAAGAUGCCACCGGGUAAUCAAAACCCAAAUAUGAAAGCUGUUAAGUUUAAUUUACCUGAAGAUGAUGAUAUGUCUGAUGAGUUAGAUGAGUUUGAUGAUGAUGAGUAUACUGAUGAUGAGUAUGAGGAUGAAAUGGAACAACAUCCUUUGAAUAAGAUGAAGCUUCCAAUGGGUGGUAAUGGUAAUGGUAAUGGUCCUCCUCAUAUGAUGAUGGGUGGUGGAAAUCAUCCACAGCUUAUGAAUGCUCCAAAGGGUGGUGGUGGCGGCGGUGGUGGAAAUCAUCCACAGCUUAUGAAUGGUCCGAAGGGUGGUGGUGGAGGUGGAGGUGGAAAUGGUGGAGGUAAUGGGAAGAAAGGUGGCGGCGGUGGUGGACCUGUGCCUGUUCAAGUCCAUGGCAUGGGUGGUGGAAAUGAUGGUAAAAAUGGAGGAAAGAAAGGUGGUGGCGGUGGUGGUGGUGGUGGAGGGAAUAAUCCAAAUCAAGGUGGAGUUAACAAAAACAAUGGUGGUGGUAAAGGAGGUGGAAUGCCAGAGGGUAAAAAUGGAAACAAGAACGUUGGUGGAGGAGGUGGAGGUGGUGGUAAUGGUGGAAUUCCAAAUAAUAAUGGGGGUAAAAAGGUAAAUGUAAUGGGAGGAGAAGGUGGUUUUCAAGGUAUGAUGAACAAUGGAUUUCCAAACAUGGGUGGUGGUGCUGGUCAUCAUCCUAAUAUGGGCCCCAUGGGCAACAACAACAUGAGUGGUAUCCCAAUGGGAGGUGGUGCAAUGGGAAACAACAUGCCAAUGAUGAACCAAAUGGGAGGAGGUAGUAACAUCCCAGCUGUUCAAGGCCUACCUGCCGCCGCUGCCGGUGUCGGUGGUGGAGGAUAUUUCCAAGGCGGAGGUGGUGGCGGCGGCGCUGGUCAGGAGAUGAUGAUGGGUGGAAAUCCUUACCAACAACAACAAUACAUGGCUGCAAUGAUGAAUCAACAAAGAGCCAUACCUGCUGGUGGAGGAAACGAUAGAUUUCAACCAAUGAUGUAUGCAAGACCACCCAUGGCGGUCAAUUACAUGUAUCCACCACCGUAUAGCUACCCUCCACCACCACAACAUCCUCAAGAUCCAUAUUCCAACUUCUUCAACGACGAAAAUACUUCAAGUUGCAGCAUCAUGUGAAAUGUGACCAAGAACAAGAUCAAGAUUGUGACGAAGCUGACAAGAGAAGAACAAGAACAAGAAGUUUUAAUUUUAGUUUGAUUUUCAAUUUUCUUUUUCUUUUGUCCUUUUUUUUUUCAUCCAAGUUUUUUAAAAGUUAAAAAACCUGAACUUUAAAUUACCAUAGGGGAGUUUUAAUUUAUAGAUUUUAUUAUUAUUAUUAUAUAAUAUAAUAUUUUAUUA